AUGGCGACCUUGCUUGAGAAACCCAUGGAGAAGUUCCAGACGGUGCUGGACCUGCUGCUCAAGCACCGUAACGCCCUGGGCUACGGGCUGGUGAGCCUGCUGACCGCGGGCGGGGAGCGCAUCUUCUCCUCUGUGGUGUUCCAGUGCCCCUGCAGCGCCAGCUGGAACCUGCCAUAUGGGCUGGUCUUCCUGUUCGUGCCAGCGCUGCUGCUCUUCAUCCUGGCUUUUCUGCUGCGAAUCCGCACGUGGCUCUGGCUGACCGGCUGCUGCAUGCCCGAUGCCACGACCAGCGCCGAGACGGAUGCCAAGACCAGCGCCGAGAUGGGGAAGACAGGAAAGCAAAGUUGCAAGAUGUGCCUGGAGAUCACCGCAACCGCCUUAGUGGCGCCUUUAACCUGGGUGGCCGUGGCGCUGCUCGGGGGAACCUUCUACCAGUGCGGGGCCAGCGGCACAGCCCCGAUGGUGAGAUUUUUGUGCAGCGGCCGCCAAGACGACUGCAUGACUCUGUUGCCCAAGAUGCCCUGCCUGCAGGACAAAGAGCCAGGCCUGCUGGACCUCCUGCAGGAACUUCGGGCGCACUCUCAGGUGGGAGGCUGGAUGCUCAUAGCAGUGAUUGUCCUCUGUCUUCUGGCUGGCACAUGUUAUUCCCGAUGCAGAUCUCCAGUUAGUUUUAUGCAGCUAACAUUUCAGAAAACAUAUUUGGAAGAGGAGCAGAAGAUGCUUGCAAAGGAAACUACAGAGCAUGCAAAUAAAUUGGCAAAGGAGAAUGUUAAUCGUUUCUUUGGGGGUUCAAGGUCUGAACAUGUCCAAAUCCCAAGUCCUGAAGCCUGGAAGCAAAUUUCAUCACUUUACACUUUUAAUAAGGAUGGCCAGUACUACAGUUUGCUGCACAAAUACAUUAGUGAGAGAGAUGGGAAUUAUGACCCCAGUCCUGAGAGAGCUGAUGAAGCAGAGGAUACUGUGUAG